CUUAUGUCCUUCUCCAUAUUCGGACCGGUCAUUGCUGUCGUGCUUGGCGGGGUAUUCAACAAAAUGCCAGUGGACUUAAAAGAAACUUCAAUGAGCCCCUCAGACCCACGGUGGAUCGGCGCCUGGUGGCUAGGCUUCAUCUUGUUCGGGGCAUUAUCAUGCCUUAUCUCCAUUCCAAUAUUCUUCUUCCCGGCUUCACUGCGCAAAAACGGGAACCAGGCGUCGAACGUUUACGCCAAUAGCGAAAUACUAGAACAGAAGACAUUGGUGCAACCAAUUAAAGACUUACCGCGCUCGCUGGGGCGCGUUCUCAAGCGUCCAGUGUACACAUGUACGAUGAUCAGCGUGCUCUUCUAUCUGUUCGGCAUUAUGGCAAUGGGUUCGUUCGGACCGAAGUACAUAGAGAACCAGUUCCAUGUCCCCACGUGGAAAGCGAACUGGGUGAUGGGUAUAGAGAAGCUAGCUCCGACGGUCAUCGGCACUUUCGUCGGUGGCGUCAUUACCCGGCGUCUGCGUCUCGGACUUACAGGAAGUGUCAAAAUGGUGUUCAUCAUCCGAAUCGUUGUCUUUGCGCUAUCGUGUUUAAACUUCAUGUUUGGCUGCCCGAAUCCUAAUGUCAUCAUAGGCAUGCCAACGGAAGUGUCGUCGAUUGCGAAUACAUUUCAUAGCGGUACUAACAUAUCCCUGAUAGCGAGUACUACGUGCGCAUGUAGUGACGUCACUUAUCUUCCGGUGUGCGCAGACGACCAAACUUGGUUCUCGCCGUGCCACGCAGGAUGUCAGACGGAAAAACAGAGGAUGUACUACAACUGCACGGCCACCCUGGGAGGCACAGCCAGCCCGGGCAUGUGUACCAAGGGUUGCAACAUGCUGAUCCCCUUCGUGGCAGUCAACGCCCUAGCUUCCUUCAUUGGAACUCUAGGGCUUUCCCCUAACUACAUCGUGCUACUAAGGUCAGUUGGCGUCAAUGACAGGUCAAUGGGGGUUGCACUGAUGUCUUUCCUGAUGGCGCUAUUGGUGUUUAUGCCUGCGCCAAUCGUGUUCGGGAAAGUAUUCGAUGCUUUUUGCUUGGUUUGGAAAAAUAAGUGCUCAGGUCGUGGAUCCUGCUUAUUAUAUGACGUCAUAGAUCUCAGAUUCCAUUUAGUUGGCAUAAACGUCGCUUUAGCUUUCAUAAGCGUUGUGCUUGUCGGCAUCUCCGUUCUCUUUGCGCUCCGGUUGAAGGACCCCGACGCCGACGACGUCGGUGACAAGAAGUUGUCGAUGAAGCCACCGAUACCUCAGCCGCGAACGUCAUUGACGUCACAGAAAGGGGACGGCGACGGAAACGUUGAUCGAAGCGACAAACGUUGAAUGGCUUUGGGGAAUGCGUCAUUGUUUUGGUGUAAAAGCAUGACAAACGUGAUUUGUAUG